AUCAAAAAGAACCGCGCGAGUCGGACAUCACUGUUAGUGCAGCAGUUUUAAAGAGGCUGCCGUGGAUCUUCUGCUGAUAUGGAGACUCUUACCAUCCACAGAGACGGAUCGUGCAACUUUAAUGAGCCGACUGAACGGAUUACGCGCUUUUUUGGCUGCUCUCCUGUCGCAUUAACAACUCCAAACAUGUCCAAAAGCCUGAAGAAGAAAAGUCACUGGACUAACAGAGUCCACGAGGUUGUGUUAUUGAGGGGUCCGAGCGUGGAUCUCGGGUUCGAGCUGCAGGGAGGCGCGGAGAAUGGACAGUUCCCCGUGAUUGGAGAGGUGAAACCGGACAGGCGCAGACUGCACCAGGACGAGCUCCUUCUGGAGGUCAAUGAUACUCCAGUGGCCGGACUGACCAUCAGGGAUGUGUGGGCUGUGGUCAGACACUGCAAAGACCCUGUCCGCCUCAAGUGUGUCAAGCAAGGAGGUGUUGUGGAUAAAGAUCUCAGGCAGUAUCUCAACCUGCGUUUCCAGAAGGGCUCUUUGGACCACGAGCUGCAACAAAUAAUUCGAGACAACCUCUAUCUUCGUACUGUACCCUGUGAGUAACUCUUCAUCCUGAUUUUCUUAACCUUCAACACUGCUGCUCUUACUGGCUUGGUCCUCUCGGCCUUGCCACUGACUUAUUGAUUAAGUCUUGGCUGAUGUUGUCUGAUCACUGCAACAGGGUAGACACACUUGAUUUUCCAUAAAUGAAAUUGUUUCAAGCUCUGCAAUGAUGCUAGAGUGGAUGUCAAAGCAUUGGUAUUGGGUUGGUUGCAAGGCUGUUUGCUUUCUAGCAGUGCUAAGGUGUGGAUU